AUCCCUAGCUGACAUAUAAACACGUAAAAAUAUUAAUUUCGUGAUGAAAAUGUUGUAAGCGCAUUGUAAAAUGCAUAAAGUGCAUAUAAAUCUCAGAUGUGAGAUGUUAAAUCGCGAGUUGAAUAUCAAAUCCGUGCAGAACUUCAAAGUGCAAUAAUACCCGAAGUGCAAUCAGUUCAGUUGGAACUACAACAACAACAACAAAUAACCUUGUGCUUGUGGCCGUUGUUUGUGAUCAGAAAUAAGUAAUUGACGUGCAAGAAAUAAUGCAAAACUAAGUAGAAAGUCCACUGGGGACAUUCAAUAAUAUCAAUAGCCAAAUAUCUCAAAAGUUUAACAGCAAAAUACAGUGACUGUGACGGUGAUUGUGUUAGUGGCACCAAUACGGGCACAGCACAACACGCACACACACAUAGAAACGCGCAUAGAGAAUUUCAGCUAGUUUUUCAUAAAACAUACACAUCAAAAAAGUAACAACACCAGACGCGAUAAUACAUUAAUACAACAACAAAAGCAACAACGAAGAGUCUCAAAACGAGACUGGAAAACACUCCGAUAACAACAACACAACUACUAAGAGGAAACAACAAAAACAAUAAAAUCAAGGAAGCCAACAGCCACCACAUCUCCACAUCGACAGACUUUGAAUGCUGCUGCAUUUCAAUCGUUGGAGACAAAAUGGUUUCAUUAAUUGCUACAAUCGAUGCGGCAGCAAAGGCCCAAAAACAGCGUAACGCAGCCCCCGCUGCUGCUGCGGCAUCCCCGAGCACCUCUCCCACAGGCAGCGCAUCGUCCAAGGCUCCUUCUGGCUCAGGGUCGAACCUGACUGCCAGCGGCAAGCCCAAGGAGAAACGCAGGAACAAUGAGAAGCGCAAGGAGAAAUCCCGCGAUGCGGCACGUUGUCGCCGCUCCAAGGAGACGGAAAUCUUUAUGGAACUCUCGCAGGUUUUGCCCCUGAAGAACGACGAUGUGAAUCAGCUGGACAAGGCAUCCGUGAUGCGCAUCACAAUUGCUUUUCUGAAGAUACGCGAAAUGUUGCAGUUUGUGCCUGCUUUGCGCGACUGCAAGGAGAAUCAAACGGACAUCAAGCAGGACAUGGAUGAGGUGAAGCCCAAGCUGGAGUUAAGCAGCGAGGAGUGGCUCAAUGGCACCGCCGAAGCCAGCCAGCUGCUAAAGGAGACCAUGGACGGGUUCCUGCUGGUGCUGUCCCACGAGGGCGACAUCACCUACGUCUCCGAGAACGUAGUCGAGUACUUGGGCAUCACAAAGAUUGACACUCUGGGCCAGCCCAUCUGGGAGUACGCGCAUCAGUGCGAUCACGCGGAAAUCAAGGAGGCCCUCAACCAGAAGCGUCACAGCACCACACCAGUGAAGGAUGAGCAGCAGCUGGAGUCUGGCGUGAGCACCCAUCAUCGGGAUCUGUUCGUGCGCUUGAAGUGCACUCUGACCAACCGCGGACGCAGCAUCAACAUCAAGAGUGCCCUUUACAAGGUCAUACACAUCACGGGACACUUGGUGGUCAAUGGCAAGGGCGAGCGUGUGCUCAUAGCCAUUGGGCGACCCAUACCAAAUCCCGCGAACAUCGAGAUACCGCUGGGCACCAGCACCUUCCUCACCAAGCACUCGCUGGACAUGCGUUUCACCUACGUGGAUGAUAAAAUGCUUGGCUUGCUCGGCUAUGCGCCCAAUGAUCUUUUGGACACUUCGCUGUUUGGCUGCCAGCAUGGCGCGGACUCGGAACGCCUCAUGGCCACCUUCAAGAGCGUGAUCAGCAAGGGACAGGGUGAAACCUGUCGUUACCGCUUUCUGGGAAAAUGCGGCGGCUAUUGCUGGAUCGUCAGUCAGGCCACAAUUGUCUAUGACAAGCAAAAGCCACAGAGCGUCGUCUGCGUGAACUACGUCAUAAGUAAUCUUGAGAACAAACAUGAGAUUUACUCACUCGCUCAGCAAACGGCGGCAAGUGAGCAAAAGGAACAGCAACAGCAACAGCAACAACAAACAGCAACUGACAUCGAGAACAACAACAACAACAAAACAGAAACAACAACCACAACAACACCGGAGGAAACAUCAGCUAAGACAAACGCAACUCCAAUAGAGCUUGAGGAGAAGCCCCAAGCCCCAACUGAGAGCAAGGAGCCAGCGUCGGAAAUAAACAACAAUCCGGAGCCAGAGAAAACUCCAAUUGCAACGGAAAUUACUGCUGCUGCUGCAACCAACAACAACCCACCAACAAUCACAACUGAAACAACAACAGCCAAACCACCCAACAACCAACUGCAGCAGGCAGAACUCCAUAUCAAGCGGGAGAACCACUCGCCGGGUCCGCGCACCAUCACAGCACAGCUGAUCAGCACCGCCACCACCAACAGUGGCAACAGUCUGCGACUCGAGGAGAAGCGCCCCAAGUCGGUGACUGCUUCGGUGUUCCGACCCAGUCCGGCGCCACCUUUAACUGCAACACCCCCCACAGCCCCAGCAGUGGGACUUGGAUUCAAGAAAACAACAGAACCAACACUGCCGCCAACAACAACAGCAACGGCAGCGAUUCUCUCGUCGAGCAAUCAGCAGCAGAAUCCACAGCAGAAUCUGCAAGCGACUCAAGAUAUGAGUAAGGGAUUCCUAUCAUUCGUCGACGAUGGACGAGGCCUAACAAUGCUCAAGGAGGAACCCGACGAUCUGUCGCAUCACUUGGCCUCGACCAACUGCAUACAGCUGGACGAGAUGACACCCUUCAGCGACAUGCUGGUGGGCCUCAUGAGCUCCUGCCUGCUGCCGGACGAAAUCAACUCCCUGGACUCGACCACCUGCUCGACAACCGCCAGCGUGGCGCCCCACUACCAGAGCAGCAGCAGCCACAGCCACAGCGGCAGCCAAAGCAGCAGCUACGCCAGCAGUCCCCUCAGCCCGCUAACGCCCACAGGUGUGGUGACCACAGCAGGGGGAGCAGGAGGAGGAGCAGCUGCGAAUGGCAGCAGCACUCCGAGCAAUCACAGCAGCAGCAACCAGCAGCAGCAGCACCAGCAGCAACAUCAGCACCAGCAUCACGACAACAGCAACAGCAGCAGCAACAUCGAUCCGCUGUUCAACUACCGCGAGGAGUCGAACGAUACGAGCUGCUCCCAGCAUCUGCACUCGCCCAGCAUCACAUCGAAGAGUCCCGAGGACAGCAGCCUGCCAUCGCUAUGCAGCCCCAGUUCGCUGACCCAGGAGGAUGACUUCUCGUUCGUGGACUUUGAGAUGCGUGCCCCGUACAUCCCCAUGGGCGAUGACAUGCCCCUGCUCACGGAGACAGACUUGAUGUGGUGUCCGCCGGAGGAUCUGCACGGAUCCAUGCCCAAGGAGAUCGAUGCCAUACAGCAGCAACUGCAGCAGCUGCAACAGCAGCAGCAUCACCACCAGCAGCAGCAGGCUUACAGCCAGUACAACCAGCAACAACAGCAGCAACAGCAGCAGCAGCAGCAGCAUUUCUCCAACUCCUUGUGCUCGUCACCCGCCUCGACAGUGUCCUCGCUGUCGCCAUCGCCAGUGCAGCAGCAGCAGCAACAGCAGCAGACCGGAGGAGUCUUCACCACCGACUCGAGUGAACUGGCCGCGCUGCUCUGUGGCACGGGCAAUGGAACGCUCUCCAUACUGGGCGAGAGUGGAGCCAACGCCGCGGAAGAGCGUCUUCAGCAGCAGCAGGCCAGCAGCGACUUUCGCAGUUUCCAGCAAUUGCAGCAGGAGCUGCAGCUGCAGGAGGAACAGCAGCAGCAGGAGGAGCAGCAACGUCAGCAGCAGCAGCAGCAGCAGCAAAUGAUCAGCCUCAGCAUCGAGUGCAAAAAGGAGAAAUACGAAGUGCCGAUGGCACCCAGCCUGAGUCAUUCCAUUGAGGAUGCAUUUGAGAAUGACUACAGCAAGGAUUCUUCCAAUCUGGACUGCUGGGAUCUGCUGCAGAUGAAUGUGGCGGAGGCUGGCGUUAGUCCGGCCGCCUCGCCCUCACCCUGCAAGGUGGCGACCAUCCAGCUGCUGCAACACCAACAGCAGCAGCUGCAGCAGCAGCAGCAGAACAUCAUCCUGAAUGCUGUGCCCUUGAUAACCAUUCAGAACAACAAGAGCAUCCUGCAACAGCAACAGCAGCAGCAACAGCAGGAGCUGCAGGAGCUAAUGCAGAGCAGCAAGCAGCAGGCGCCCGUGGCCACCAUGAAGCUGCUGAAUGGAGCGAGCAUUGCGCCAGUGACCACCAAGGCAACCAUACGCCUGGUGGAGAGCAAGCCGCAACAGACAACGACACAGCAGCAGCAGCGACUCGGAAAGGCAACCAUGCUGCAGACACUCGUGCCCCAGCAGCAGCAACACGGAAACAAGCGACACCUCAACAGUCAGACGAGCCAGGGAAACCCGGUGGAAUCGAAGCGCUUGAAGAGCGGCACCCUCUGCCUGGAUGUGCAGUCGCCGCAGCUGCUGCAGCAGCUGAUCGGCAAGGACUCGGCCCAGCAGCAGACGCUCGCGGCCAAGAGGGCGGCCAGCGAGCGCUGGCAGCAGACGGCGGAGGGCAAGCAGCAGCAGAAGCUCCAGCAGCAGCAGCAGCAGCAGUCGAACUCGGUGCUGAAGAAUCUACUCGUGAGCGGACGUGAUGUGAACCAAUCCGAAGAAGUAUCCGAACCGAUGAUUAUAGAUGACAAUGGCCUGGAUCAAACUGCACAGAAAUCAGCCUACGGCAAGUACGGCUUGCCGCUGCACUGCCACACCUCGACAUCGGCCGUGCUGCGUAAUUAUCACCACAAUCCGCUGAUUAGCGGCACCAACUUCCAGCUGUCGCCGGUCUUCAGCGGCUCUGAUGCGGGCGGUGGCGAUGGCGAUGCCGGGUCAGUGGUCUCCCUGGACGACUCGGUGCCGCCGGGCCUCACAGCCUGCGACACAGAUGCCUCCAGCGACAGUGGCAUCGAUGAGAACAGCCUCGUCGAGGGUGCUUCUGUGUCGCCGCGCAAGCGGGUGCACGUCAGCCAUAGCGAGGAGGCUGCACCUCCUCCCCUCGAUGUGGUGCCACAGCAGCAGCAGCAGCAGCCACAAGUGCUGGGUGAGGAGGAGGCCGAAGGUUGCCCCACCACCCACAGCAGGAAGACAUCGAUAUCGUUUCUGGACAACAGCAAUCCCCUGCUGCACACCCCGGCCAUGAUGGACCUCUGCAACGACGACUACAUCAUGAGCGAGGGCGGCUUCGAGUUCAGCGAGAAUCAGCUGGAGCAGGUGCUCGGCUGGUCGGAGAUCGCCUAGGAAGGGACUGUGUGCAUGUGCGUCGAAAUUGUUGAAACUACAGUGAAAUCAAUCUAAAAUCCCUACCACAACCCACCCGAGAACGGAGCCCUACCCAUAGCCGAGCCCAAACACAAACACGGAACGGAAGGGUUAACCAUAUUUGAAUAGUUUUGUAGCCACGUUAACUGCCUAGAACGGAAGAA